UAAAAUUUCAUUAUCAACGUGUAGUGCCCUUGUUCAAGCAGUAUUUUAGUUCAUGUACACAAAUUUUUAUUGAUGUUGGUUUAUCUGUGCCCUUCAGAUAAAAAAUACACGUGUUCCUGGGAAGGUCCCGCAGAAGAUAUCCUCCGGCAUUUUGAAGAGGAACACGAUGAACUUCUUCACUUUAACGACACCUUCGGCAUAGAUCUACUGACCCCUUCGGAAAAUAGACUUAUGUUCAUUGACGAAGAAAUAUACUUAACACAAAUAACCGUAGCAGACAACAAAUUGGAAAUAAAAUUGCGGUACUUAGGUCCCCAAACAAUAGCGAAGAAAAUAACUUAUAAUAUUUUGCUAAGAUUCUGUUCCGGUUUGAACCAAUCUUUGAACAUAACUGCAAUCGAAAACGGGAGUAUUAUUGUCGAUUUAUGUGGAAUCCCUAGUGAAAUUAACUAUGUGAGUUGCACUUUAAACAUUAAUAAAGAUCGACUGCAAGAAACUGAAGAUAUUUUUGGCGAAUAUGUCAAUAAUCAUGAGGUUUCAAUUCAGCACUCUGUACCUGACGUAAGCCGAAAAUACAGUUUAAGAGAACAUUCGAGUACGAUUGUUGUAAAAACAACGGAAAGCUCACUCACGAGAUCUAAAACCAUUAGUCUAGAGGAAAUAAAACGGAGACACUUAAAAAGGGCUAAAAGUACAGUCAGCUUAGGGGCUAUCACAGAAGAUGUCAACGAUUCCAACUGCACAGAUUGCGGCAUAACUCUUUCUCCUCCAAUAUUCCUCUGUCCUUGCGGUCACAGUUUCUGCUCCGGGUGCCAGAAUUCCGUUUGCAGAUUAUGCUUGGAAAAAGUAACUUUCGAACGCAACUAUCAUCUGGAAGAAAAAUUCAAUAAGUUUCUAGUGCCAUGCAAGUACAAGAAGAACGGCUGUCCUGAAAAAUUGAUAUACAGCGAAUUAGCAAACCACAUAAAAACAUGCACGUUUUGUGAUUACACUUGCCCUGUAGCAGGUUGUUUCUUCGAAGGGCAGUAUAAGCACACAGUGAAGCAUCUAAAAAUUAUCCACGGGGCUACGAAAAUGCUCGAUUCCUCUUUCAUCGUUGUGUUUCAAAAUAUUCCCGAAGCCUUUUUAGUCAACGAAGAGAAGGGCAUAUUCCACUGUAUUGCCAGAUACCUCGAGGACUCCGUAGUAUGGGAAGCCCAAUUCUGCGGGCCGAAAGAGAGAGUUUUCUUUUGCGAAUUGAAGUUCAAAGAAGGUAAACUUAAGCAGCCGCUCUUUUUGAAUAGAAACGAAAACUUCUAUAGCACCGAAAUGACCUUCCAGGAGUUAAAGAAGAUGAAGAUCAAAGCUAAAAACGCCAUACUUACGAUUACUUGUUGAUUAAAUUUUAUUUCUCUGUAGAAAAUGCUUUCAUGCUUCGUAGAUAAAUUGUUUUGUUGUAAAAGAAUUUGGGUUAAUAAUAGCCAUUAAAAAUAUUUAGAUUUGUAUUAGUUAUUACAAUUUGUGUUUUAUGUGAUAAAAAACGUCAGUAUUGAUUAGGUACUUUAAGAUUAAAAAUAUUUAAAUUAAUUUACAGUUGCUGUUUGUAAUUUUGAAACUUAAUUUAUUAUCUAAAAA